UUUCAAUAGAGCUCCCACCAAUUUGCAAUCAGUCAGACCCGGCUGCCGAAGCAGUAGAAAAAUUAGGGAAAGUGUUGGAACGCGUUGAAGAAAAGUUCAAUAGUAAACUCCAUAAAAAAAAUUAAACGCAGCCGCCGUCAGUCGACAAUAAAAUUUCGCAAAUAUCGCCGUAAAUUGGAAGACAAUUAUUGUAAAGAGAAAAUUGCUUAAAGCACGCAUUGUCACAUACUAUAACUAAGAAUAUUGUACAUAAUUUUAAAAGGCAGUAAAGCAAAACAGAAUAAAACCUACAUUAGGUGAAACAACAACAAACCAAUACUUAGAACGUUCCAAAGAGUUACCCAGUCAAUAAUAAAAUAAAUAAAAUAAGAAAAUAUAAACAAAUAAUUAAUAAAAAUGAUCAAUAUGGACAUUAGUGUAACACCGAAUUAUUCGUACAUUUUCGAUUUCGAAAAUGAUUUUAUCCACCAACGCACACGCAAAUGGAUGGUCGAGAAUUGGACUUGGGUAUUCUACUAUUGUGGCAUUUAUAUGUUGGUGAUAUUUGGCGGACAGCAUUUUAUGCAGAAUCGUCCCAGAUUCCAACUACGCGGUCCAUUAAUUAUCUGGAAUACAAUGCUCGCCAUGUUCAGUAUUAUGGGCGCCUUUCGAACGGCACCAGAACUUCUGCAUGUGCUGCGUCAUUAUGGCCUUUUCCAUUCCGUUUGCGUUCCUAGCUACAUCGAACAAGAUCGCGUCUGCGGUUUCUGGACCUGGUUGUUUGUGCUCUCCAAACUGCCCGAACUCGGCGAUACAAUAUUCAUUGUAUUGCGAAAGCAGCCGCUCAUUUUCCUGCACUGGUACCACCACAUCACUGUGCUCAUCUACUCCUGGUUCUCGUACACCGAGUACACCUCGUCGGCGCGUUGGUUCAUCGUCAUGAACUACUGCGUACACUCGGUGAUGUACUCGUACUACGCGCUGAAGGCGGCGCGUUUCAAUCCACCACGCUUCAUUGCCAUGAUCAUCACGUCGCUGCAAUUGACGCAAAUGAUUGUCGGCUGUGCGAUUAAUGUGUGGGCCAAUGGCUUCCUCAAGACGCACGGACGUCAAUCGUGCAAUAUCUCACAGACCAACAUCAACCUAUCGAUUGCGAUGUACUUCAGCUACUUCGUGCUCUUCGCGCGCUUCUUCUACAAGACAUACUUGUCGCCGGCCGGCAAGAAGACACGCCGCAUGGCAGCAUCUUUGGCCGCGCAAAACACCGCCAAACUCUCACCGCCCAGCAGUGACAUGUCGUCGAAGUCGUCGUUACUGUCCGACAGCAGCAAUGGCGCAUUGAACGGCAGCGCCGCCAACGGUGCUGCUGCGUUUCUACACAAACCGAAGUUGCAGUAAGCCGGCGACGGCGUCAACGACGGCAUCGGCGGUGUUGGCAAAGGUUAUGUUGUAUUUUUCUUGUUUUUGGUGGGACAUUUUAGCGGGUGCCGAAUGGUGAAUGAAAGCGUUUGAGAUGAUGUAUUUUUGGAAUUCGAGAGCAAUGGAUAAGUCAAAAGUCAGUAGUCAGUAGUGUCUACGUUUUAGUUUUCUUUGUUGGAAACCCGCACUUACACACAUAUGAUACAUGCAUAUACGUGCGUGCAUAUGUAGUUGCAGCGAAAUAAACUAAUCAGCGACAAGCAGGAAGAAGGGGUGCCGGUGUGUGAUGCAGCGAAAUUUCAACAAAACAAGCCUGUAUUCAAUAAAUUGUAAAUGAACAACAACAACAACAACAAAAACAAAUGAUUAAACUGAACAAGAAGAAGAACAAAUUUAUAAUGAAUGAAUUUUGAAUAUUUUUAAACCUAUUUGUAAUACGUGUAUAUGUGUGUGUAUACAAGGAAAAGAGAACAAACAAAAACAAAAAAGAAGAUAUUUUUGAAAAACUGAAAUUGUAAACUUCACUUGGUCUCAUUUAAACCAAUAUUUGUGAUGAGCCGUAUGUGUACCCAUCAAUUUUCCUCGAGUUACAUUAGGUAUUUUGUAUAUUAUAUACAUGCAUGUGUUGCACACAUUAAAAUCAACUUAAACAACAAAAUGUUAAGCAGCAAGUUUUGCAUAAAAACAAUUACUUACAACUGUUCGUGUGUUUAUAAGUAUAUACUAUGUAGUUAUGUGUUUGUUUGCAGCAACAAAAAAACAUGAAAACAAACACACAAAAGUCCUAUAAAAUAUUUAUCGCCUGCAAGUUUCAAUUAACCGUUUAAUCGAUGACGUUUAUUGAUACGCGAGAAAAGAAAAAUAUUUGCUAUUUACUUUUUAAAAUCACACUGAAAAUCAUAAAUUGAUCAUGUGCAUAUGCAUAUUAGCUCUUCUUCAUAUCUCUCUCCCUCUCUCUCUCUUUCGCUCACUGUAAGUGCAUUUUCUUUAGUUAUAAACUGGCGUAAUAAUUAAAAGGUAAAGCUGAGGUUGAAAGACAAGCGAUGAGGCACUAAAAAUUAAGAUUUUGUUUUCAAUCCAAAUUGUCAUUGGCUCACAAGCGCAGCAAAAAAACCGUGUAGCUGUUAGCUAACGCAUAAAAUAUCAAAAGAUAAAUAUCAUUUCUGGAAAUAAAGUCAAUUUUGUGUGGCAUUGCUGCAGGUGAGAAAUUAUUGAAAACACGUUACUGCUAUUUUGAACUUCAAAUAUAAACUGAAAUUUGGCGACGUGCCUAAAAGCAUGCAAUAAACAGAGUAAUAUGCAUGACAAUUGUUAUAACAGUUGAUUUCCGUUAUGUUGUGCUUAUUUUAGGAAUCUUAACAUAUUUAUUUCAAUGCUUGGAGGUUUGAAUUUUAGCGUAGAAGCAGUUCAGAAGCUCCCACAGACACAUACUCGCUGAGUUCGCUUAAAUAGUUGUAUUUUACUAAUAAAAAACAUAUUUAUUAAUUCAUUUAAUACAUACAUACAUAUAUCUAAUUUUGUUAUUUUAUAGACAUUAGCAAACUGCAAAUGCAAAUUUCUAAUUCUUACUUGGCAAAUGACUGUCGCAACUUCUGACACAAAAUACAAUUGAACUGCAAACAUUUCGCACAAAGUUUAGCUUUGCAAUUUUCAAAACAUUCGAAGACAAUUUAUGAAUACAAAUUUCGAUUUUUAGUUUUAUAAGUUAUAAAGCAUAAGUAAUAUUGAACUACAAGCUCAAAUUACAUCACAUUCUUUUGGUGUUUCGGUGAUUUAUCUAAAAAAUAAAUAAAUAUUUUUUUUUCAUUUCAAAACAAUUUUAUUUUUCAUUAAAAAAAAUGUAAAAACUAAAAUUGUUUACUUUUUCAUUUAAAUAAUAAAUAUUUAAUUUUUUAUUUGAAAAAUUAUUAUUUUUUAUUUAAAAAUUAAAAUUUUAUUAUUUAAAAAUUAAAAUUUUAACUUGAUAAAAAAUCACUUUUCUAAAACUUAAAAAUUAAAUUUUAUAAAAAAAAAUUUUAUUUUAUUUUUUUUAUUUAAAAAUGCAAAUUUUAUUUUUUUAUUUAAAAAUUAAAAUUUUUUCUUUAAGUUGCAAUUUAAAUCCAAAUAUAGCGUGUUCAGCACACCAUUAAUCAGAAAGAAAUGCAAAAAAACAACAAGGCAAACGCAAGCACACAGUUCAAUGAAUUAUUGUAAAAUAUAGCAAAAACAAAAAAAAAAAUUAAAAAGCUGUUGCCAAAUGAAUACAAAAACAACAAAUAAAAAAACAAAAACGCUAUGCUAUUAGUUUAUACAUUAAGUUAGAAAAUUUAAUAAAUUUAACAAUUAAAAAUAAUAUUUUAAAUUAUCCUUCAAACAAUUUUCACCCAAAAUUAAAAAAAAAAUUAUAUGUAUCAAAUUUCAGAAUAUUAUUUUAUACUUGCGUCCAUUGACACACAAAAGCAUUAAAAAACAAUACAAUGAAAUUUAAGCAAAAAAAGUUUCGAAACUUUCCAAAUUCUAAACGACACAACGCUUAAGGCGUCACUAAAGAAGAUAUUUAUAUUUAAUUUAGCUUUUGAUUUGUUUUGCUAAACAUAUGGCUACCUGUAAUACAGACUUUUAUUAAUUUUUUUUAUAAAAUUAUAAACUAAACUAUUAUUUUUGUGGGUGGGUUAGAAUAUUUGUUUAAUAACCAUGUUUAUAUAUGCUAAAAUAUUUAAGUUUUAUUUUUAUGUAUUUACGUUAAAAGCAUAACUAAAAUACAAAAUUAAGAAAAAAAUACAUAAUGAACCAACCGAUAAAAGUCACAUACAAAGAAAAAUAAGCAAAAACUGAAUAUAAUAUAUAAAAUGAAACGUACUAAAUGAAAUCACUACAUACACACAUACAUACUUACUUUUUUAGUAAGCUGUUUAAAUGCUAUAGAGCAGACAAAGAAGGAAAAUAUGAAAAAGCGCAAAUAUUUUUAUUUCUUAUUUUUACAAGCGAACAAACAAAUAUAAAUAUAUAUGAAGUAAACAUUGCAUAAAUAAAUAAAUAAAAUUAUUUAAAAAAUGGGAAUGUAACACGGAUUUAUGUAAGAAAAAAACCAACAACAAAAAUAA